UCUCGGCCCUGCCCCCUCCCGCUGCUCCGCGGCGUAGCCCGCACGGUGAGCCCGGCGGGGGUCCGGGGGUCCGCGGUCAGCCCCGGAGGACAGGGUGGGGUCGCCCCAAACAGGAGCGCCGGAAGCGCUGGAACCCCGCGCUCGGCGGCCGCCGCCGCCGGGUGGCCGGGCAUUGGAGGUCCCGGAUGAGGCGACAAUUUUUCCGGCCCCCCUCCCAGUCCCGCCCCACUUCCGGGGCCGCCACUUUCACUUUCUCUUCCGCCGAAGCCGCUCCGCUUGCGAAGAACUGGGGCCUCCUGGGAGGAGAGAGGGCUUUGCGUUGAAACCCAGGACGCCAGGAGUGCUCCCGCAAGUGGGGGUCCUCCGGGACUUGGAACGCCCCGGCUGGGCGGUGUCCGGGCGUCCUUUCCCCGCUUCUCCCCACCUCGGCUGGUCCCGUUUCCUCUUGCGCCCAGUGCGGACUUGUCUCGGCGCCAGCUGCCCUCUCACCGCCCCACUCGGGAUUCUGGCCUGGUCACCAGGCAGUGUGAUGCUUCCCGAUUGCCGCGGGGACAGCGAGGCACAGACAGAACUUGGGCCGCGCCGGAGGCCACACGGCCUGGCUGAGUUGCUCCUGGUCUCCCGCCUCUCCCAGGCGACCCGGAGGUAGCAUUUCCCAGGAGGCACGGUCCCCCGCAGGGGGAUGGGCGCAGCCACGCCAGAUGGACGAGAAGACCAAGAAAGCAGAGGAAAUGGCCCUGAGCCUCACCCGAGCAGUGGCGGGCGGGGAUGAACAGGUGGCAAUGAAGUGUGCCAUCUGGCUGGCAGAGCAACGGGUGCCCCUGAGUGUGCAACUGAAGCCUGAGGUCUCCCCAACGCAGGACAUCAGGCUGUGGGUGAGCGUGGAGGAUGCUCAGAUGCACACUGUCACCAUCUGGCUCACAGUGCGCCCUGAUAUGACAGUGGCAUCCCUCAAAGACAUGGUUUUUCUGGACUAUGGCUUCCCACCAGUCUUGCAGCAGUGGGUGAUUGGGCAGCGGCUGGCACGAGACCAGGAGACCCUGCACUCCCAUGGGGUGCGGCAGAAUGGGGACAGUGCCUACCUCUAUCUGCUAUCAGCCCGCAACACCUCCCUCAACCCUCAGGAGCUGCAGCGGGAGCGGCAGCUGCGGAUGCUGGAAGAUCUGGGCUUCAAGGACCUCACGCUGCAGCCACGGGGCCCUCUGGAACCAGGUCCCCCAAAGCCCAGGGUCCCCCAGGAACCCGGACGGGGGCAGCCAGAUGCAGUGCCCGAGCCCCCACCGGUGGGCUGGCAGUGCCCCGGGUGCACCUUCAUCAACAAGCCCACGCGGCCUGGCUGUGAGAUGUGCUGCCGGGCACGCCCCGAGGCCUACCAGGUCCCUGCCUCAUACCAGCCCGACGAGGAGGAGCGAGCGCGCCUGGCGGGCGAGGAGGAGGCGCUGCGUCAGUACCAGCAGCGGAAGCAGCAGCAGCAGGAGGGGAACUACCUGCAGCACGUCCAGCUGGACCAGAGGAGCCUGGUGCUGAACACCGAGCCCGCCGAGUGCCCCGUGUGCUACUCGGUGCUGGCGCCCGGCGAGGCCGUGGUGCUGCGUGAGUGUCUGCACACCUUCUGCAGGGAGUGCCUGCAGGGCACCAUCCGCAACAGCCAGGAGGCAGAGGUCUCCUGCCCCUUCAUUGACAACACCUACUCGUGCUCGGGCAAGCUGCUGGAGAGGGAGAUCAAGGCGCUCCUGACCCCUGAGGAUUACCAGCGAUUUCUAGACCUGGGCAUCUCCAUUGCUGAAAACCGCAGUGCCUUCAGCUACCAUUGCAAGACCCCAGAUUGCAAGGGAUGGUGCUUCUUUGAGGAUGAUGUCAACGAGUUCACCUGCCCUGUGUGUUUCCAUGUCAACUGCCUGCUCUGCAAGGCCAUCCACGAGCAGAUGAACUGCAAGGAGUAUCAGGAGGACCUGGCCCUGCGGGCUCAGAAUGAUGUGGCUGCCCGGCAGACGACAGAGAUGCUGAAGGUGAUGCUGCAGCAGGGCGAGGCCAUGCGCUGCCCCCAGUGCCAGAUCGUGGUACAGAAGAAGGACGGCUGCGACUGGAUCCGCUGCACCGUCUGCCACACUGAGAUCUGCUGGGUCACCAAGGGCCCACGCUGGGGCCCCGGGGGCCCAGGAGACACCAGCGGGGGCUGCCGCUGCAGGGUGAAUGGGAUUCCUUGCCACCCAAGCUGUCAGAACUGCCACUGAGCAAAUGGUGGGACCCCAUGCUGACCCAGCCCCACAUCCACAUUCUGUUACGGGGCAGGUCCCUGAGCUUCGUGGACGGCCUUGCUUGCUGUAGCGUUGUAGGGGCCCUGCCUGCACUGCUGUUGUCCAUGGUCACAUCUGCCCCAGUGCAUUUGUCCUUCCCUUGGGGCUUGCCAGCCAGACUUCUCUCCCCUGCAGCUCCCACCUCUGCCUGACCCCAGCCUUAAACACAGCCCCUGGCCAGAGGCCUUGCUGGGUGGAGCCUCUGUGUGACUCCAUACUCCGCCCACCACAACACUCAUCUUUCGAAUACCAAGCACUCUCAGCCUCCCUGCCUUCCCCUGUCAGCUUUCCGGGGCUAACUGUUCUCUGCCUUUGUGGUUGGAGGCCCGGGGCGCUUAGAACUCUUGCUAACCUGUUCAGAGCCGGGAAGGAGACCGGGCAGUUUGAAAGCACAGCCCCUCAGGUCCAGUUCUGCGUCUCCCUCUCUGCAGCGUGUGUAAGCUAUUAUAAUUAAAAUGGUUUUCCG